AAGGAGAGCGGGAAGAAGCAGAGGUCCAGCUCCCUCUACUCCAUGCUGCCCGGUACCUCAGAGACCAGUUUCGCCAGAGAAGUGACGGACAUGCAGAGCGAGACAAACUACAAAGCGGACGGGAUGAAGAGCCUCUCACAGAGCGUCUACUCUCAGCUCCCACACACCGCCGACACUCAGUUCGCCAAAACAGUUUCAGAGCUUCAGAGCGAGAUGAAGUACAAACGGAGGACGAAGGACGCAUCCAGCUCUCUGUACUCCACUCUGCCUCAGACUCUGGAGACGCUUCACGCCAAAGAGGCGUCUGAGCUGCAGAGUCAGCUGAAGUACAAGAAGAAAAGUAGUUCCCCGGUUCUGUUCCAGCGGCUGCCUGAGACCUUAGAGACGGCCCACGCUAAGGAAGUCUCUGAGCUCCUCAGCGAGGUGAAGUAUAAAGAGGAGGGUAAGAAGGAGAUGAGCAUCAACCUGUACUCUCUGCUGCCGGAGACCAUCGACACCCAACACGCUAAAGAGGCGUCGAACCUGCAGAGUGAGGUGAAGUAUAAAGAAGAUGUGAAGCAGCAGAUCCAGAGCAGUUUGUACCAUCAGCUCCCAGAGACCACCGAGACACAGCUG